GUGUCCUAAUCUAAGCCUGAGAUCUGUAAUGUAGCUCUUGCUUGUGAUAUCAUUUUAACAUACGUCUACGCUCAUUUACACGAUUUACGUGUACGUCUAAAAUACAUUCAAUAUCAGGGAGUGACUAUUAAUGGGACGUUUUUGCCGGAUGUUUACAUUUUCGUGUCGUCGUUUCACCGGCGAAGCAGCCGCUGGUGGGUCUUCCAUCAGGAAAAAGCGGCAACUUCUGCUGCUGGACCGUCUGAAUCGUCAAACACUCUGUAAAUAUCUCGGUGUUAAUAUCUCUAAGACUGGAUAUUUCGAGACAUAUAUUAAAGUUCCACCUGGAAUGACUCAUUCAGUGAGGUGCGCUAUUGCAUCUCUGUAGAGGGGAAGCACAUCUUUAAGGUAACUGUACCAGGAAAAAAGAUGCCAGGUCUGCAGGGUGAAAAUGUUGUGGCGGCGCUGGGGAGCCCCAUCAAGAAGAGUAAGCUUUCUCUGAAGUUCCUUCAGAAGAAAGAAGCUAAGCGGGCUCUGGAUUUCUCUGAACCUCAAGCAGAUGAGCCCAAAACAGUUGAACAAGUGGAGCCUGAAGCAAGCAGCUGUGAUCAGGUGGUCCCCGGUCCUUCUCCUCGUCCAGCCUCAGCCGGCCUUCUCCUGCCGUUUGACAAGAGAGAGACCGUGGUGCCAUUUGUGGGGCUCAACAACUUGGGCAACACCUGCUAUUUGAACAGCAUCUUACAGGUGCUGUACUACUGCCCCGGGCUCAGAGACGGCAUAAAGAAACUGUACAGCCUGUCUAAAAGAAAGGACAAACCAAAGGAAGAAAGUGAUAAAAGUGAAGAGCAGUCAGAAGAUGUCACUGAGACUUUGCCGGCUCAAAUGGAACUCCUCUCGAGCUUCAACAGUCUGAUAACAUCAGUGGAGCAGCUGCAGUGCAGCUUCCUGUUAAACCCCGACGGCUUCAGUGAAGGAGAACUCUCUACACCGCCUCGUAAAAUACUCCACACACUCAGGCAGCUGAACCCCAUGUAUGAAGGCUAUCUUCAGCAUGACGCUCAGGAGGUGCUGCAGUGCAUCCUGGGAUAUAUCCAAGAGGCUUGUGACACCAUCAGGAAGGAGUUGGAGACAGAGGAUGCCGAUGUAUCUGAGGUUAAACUUGAGAACGGCGGCCAUUUGGAUUCCAGCUGCUCUGCGACAGAAUCCAAGACUCCCACAGAAGAAGACGGCCAAGUCAGCGGCAAGAGGAAAAGUGACACCGAAGUGGGAAAUGCCAAAAAGAAGCCAAAAUCCGUCAAGUCCAAGAAAUCUGAUGCGGAGGAUAAUAAACCCCUGACUCGAUCGAAGAGGAAGUCCACCAGUGACAUCACGGUGGGCAACACCCGAGACAAAGUUGAAGAGGAGGCCGAGGAUGAGGGGACGAAGAAAGUGAAUAAGGAGGAGGAAAAAGGGAGUGACGCUGAGGGGAAAGGUGAAAAGGCAUCUAAAGAGGCAGAUGGGAAAAUACAGAAAAGGUCUAAGCUGAGCUGGUUGAGGCCUUCUGGGAAACAACCAAGUAUUUUCUCCAAGUUUCUCAGCGUGGGGAAGAUCAGCUCCGUGAAGACCCAAAACAAACCAGAGGAGGAGAGCGCACUCACUGACCAGCAGAGUCCGAACCACAAGACCAGCGAGGAGAGUUCAGCACAGAACAUGGCUGAAGACAAGAAGCCAGUAAAACUUCAAGAGGGUCUGGACAUGAUGGAGCACUUGUUCCAGGGCCGACUGGUUCUGCGGACUCGCUGUCUGGAGUGUGAGAGCUUCACUGAGAGGAGAGAAGACUUCCAGGACAUCAGUGUCCCGGUGCUCGAUGACGAACCCAGCAGCCCAGACGACCUCUCCGAGGUCUCUCCUGAUCCCAAACCAGAGCUGAAGACUCUGAAAUGGGCCAUCUCCCAGUUUGCAUCAGUGGAGCGCAUCGUUGGGGAGGACAAAUACUUCUGUGAGACGUGUCAUCAUUACACAGAAGCUGAGAGAAGUCUGCUGUUUGACAAAACUCCUGAAGUGAUCACCAUUCACCUGAAGCGCUUCUCUGCCAACAGCUCUGACUUGGACCCAUAUGCAGGACUGUCUAAAGUCAACACUCCCUUGCAGACCCCUUUGACCUUGUCUCUGGAAGAGUGGUGCACCCGGCCCUCGUCCACAAUGGGUCAACGCUAUCAGCUGUUUGCUGUGGUCAUGCACAGUGGCAUCACCAUCAGCAGCGGCCACUACACCGCCUACUGCCGUAUGUCCGAUCUGAAAGAUGUGAAGCUCUGGCUGCGGGACACAAAAGAAACGAAGGAGGAGGAAAGUAAAGAGGCAACGAGGGUGAAAGACGAAGUGCUGGACUAUGAUGACGGAGAGGUGUCUUUCAGUCUGAAUGCAAGGGGGAAGAGAGGUGCGAGUUUGGCUGGCAGCAAAACGGCAGGAAAGAAGCUGUUAGAGGGGGCCGUUGGACUCUUAGGGGGCCAGAGGAGUCUGGCUAGUUGUGACAUUGGGAGCAGCAGCAAACACACGGAAAAAGCUUCCAGCAGUGGAUCAACAGAGGGAUCCAAACGGAGGAAACCAGUUAAUAGCCUGAGCCAAAAUACAGAAGCAGGACUAAACAAGGAGGCUAGAGGAGGAGAGAAGACUUCCUGUGGCGGGGUGGAGGCCACAGAGCAGCAGGCUUUGAACAACCUCCUUGAAUAUGAGGGCAAAUGGCUGCUGUUUGAUGACUCUGAGGUGCGUUUGUUUGAGGAGGAGGAUUUCCUGCAAGCCUGCUCCCCUGAGACAUCAUCCUCAUCGACACCGUACCUGCUUUUCUACAGAAGGAUGCCUGAACCCGGACACUAACCAGAACACACGGGCCGCUGUUGACUCAGGGUUUUGUGCCAGACAGGCUUUUUGGCAGCUGAGCACCCAGACAAAGUACAGCUGUAUUUUACUACAAACCGUGCCAAACAUACUGUGGCUGCCAUAUUAGCACUUAACCUGAAGAUAAUUUUCACAGAGCAAACAGAGGCUCGCCUCAGAGCUCCAUGAACCAAUAUAGGUUCAAAGUCAUAUUUUAGAAAUGCUGAGAUAAAUUGGGAUUUAAUUUUCUACGUGCUGAGAUUAGUUAAGCUUUUUGAGACUCUUUUUUUUUUUUGGGAUGUGGUCCUUGCUUCUGGAAGAUGGGUAUAUUGAUCUGUCUUUUUGCUCUGUACUUAUUUUUCUUUGACACUGGUUUUGGUUAUUAUUUUUGUCACUGUCCAUAACAUGUCGUGUUAUUGAGUUUGUAUGGUUCCUUUUUACAAAUUGGAAAAGCACUUUUGAACUAAAAUCUAAUUGAAUGCUAAAUGUUGAGAACUUCUUCGUCUAUCUGGAUACUUUCCUAAAAUCCAUUUAUUUGCAUUUACAAGAGACUAUAUGUUUUGUAAUAGAUUACUCCACUAAAAGCCAGAUAUUCUUCCCAUUUGCAAAGCAACACAUAAUAUGCUUCAUGAGGUUAGAGAACAUAACGCUGCAAUUUUGAAGAAAAGCCUUAUCCCACCAACUCCUCGACGUUUCUGUUUAGCAGAUUCCUUAAGUUGUUUUUCUACAUUUAAAACCUAAAGUAUUAAGACUGAUCUGUGGCAUUUUAACAUGAAACACAAUAAAUGUUUAUGUAUGCCAAACUAUACAUAUUUUACUCAAAGUUAAUGCAGGUCGCUGAGUGGCUCGCUUUAAGGUGACUAUAUGUUCAGACAGAUUAUGAAAAGCUGCCUUUGUUCUUCCACAUCUCCUUUAGUAUGCAUUUACAAGACUUUACAAGAGCAACCAAUCUUUUUAAGACGCAUCUCAGACGUAUGGAUUAGAUUGCUUGCUAUCUUCAUACGUCCAGUGUUGGCAGUGUAUUAAUCGUGUGCGUGUGUGUGAGCUGAAUCGUAAAACUAAAUGCUUUGAAUUCAAAUUAAUCAACGUCCGACUUCUACAAAUGUUACACUUCCACAUACAUCCCAACAACUACACAGUGAAGGUGAUCUUUCAUCUCAGGUUCUACAGCAGAGUGUUUAAGUCCAUGGUUUCAGGGAUUGCAUCAGUUAUUAAGCUUUGUGAUUAAUACCCCCCAUGACGGGGCAUCGUCAGUAUAAAUCCCAUGUGCAUGGGGAAAGGGCUUUUCAGAGCAAGUUUUGGGAUUUAACAAGUGCUUACAUAUAAUGUGACAGCCUGUGUGUCGUCUCAUUCUAUACGCAAUAAACUUUUUACCUUCA